CACUUAUUACAGUACAAUUUUUUUUUUAUUAUUAUAUUCACUCCAUUUAUUUGUGCUUCGCAUCGGGUAUAUAUAUAAAGUGGACGAUUGGAUCGUUCCAAUUUCAGACGGUGGAAAAACUUCGAUAUGAAACUUGCAUUAAUCGCGUUCGCUUUACUCGUUGCCGUUUCGGCUGCACCCACAUAUGAUUUCGAUGGUAUCGUCGAAAACAUCCCAGAAGAAGAUCGUUUGCACUUCUUGAGGUUCCACAUCAAACGUGGCUAUGAACUGAGUCAACAGAAACAGGCCAGAUUCACGGACGAACUGGGAGAUGAUUUCUCUGUGGCCCUAUACAACUUCGCCAAGUCCAAUCAUGCGAUCACCGAUCAGGCGACCCUGACCAGACUGUACGAGGUUAUUUGCUUCGACGACGGAGAUUGCAUCGAUAUCGGCGACCCAGGAAUUCACCCUUAAUUUUCAACUACGUUACAAAUUUCACAACGAUUCUAAAUGUUAAUUAUCAAAAGAAAAUAAAUGAAUAAUCACUUGU